AGCCCUGUUUCCUUUGAGCUGGCAUUUCUGAGAAAUGUAAGAAUGUCGAUAAAGAGUGUAGUGUUGCCUAGCGAGCGUGUAGAACAAGGGGGAACUAGACGAGUGGGCGAUGGGAGUGGACGAGACAUACUUGUGCAAGGGUUUAGGUCGAGUCAAUACGUCACAUAUAAGAGGCUAAAACUCACCUUUACGUCACAGCCUGCAUCCCAGGAUUGGAAAUCAUCCCCCGAAUCCUUGCUUGUGCCCGCCGAGAGGACUGCAACCCACAAGCGUCGGAAGACGGAAUCCCCUUCGAAGAUCAAAGAUGAGGAAUUGGCUCUCCCAGACGUUGGCAAUGUCGAUCCAGGCGACGACGCUGUUGUCGUGACACCUUCUCCUUCUCCAGUGAAAGGGCGAGGAAAGGGAAAACGUAGGACACCACCACCUAGUCCCGACCCACUGCCGACCACAACUAUCAAUGAAGACAAAGAAGCCGCUAUGCAGGAUGACAAGGAGGACGACGAAAAUCCUUUCAUCGUCAAGCCAUCUGGAUCCGCAAAGCGUAACAAAAAAGGUAAACAAGCUGAGACUGCUCCACUCGUGAGCAACCCCGACGGGAUACACGAGGCAGACCUUUCACCAAUGUGCCUCACCUAUGGAUGUGCGGAAGGAAAGGUACCAUUAACCACCUGGUCCUUUGAGACGGUCAGGGAGGAUUUAACCCCCUUAGCUGUCUGCAAGUCAGUAACGCCUAGAUGGCUUCCUACGUGUGUUGCUGACUUAACCUUGCAGAUCGAUGUGCAAUUUUAUCCGCUCGCCAACCUGGAAACUGCCCUUCGGGGUCGUCCAGAACUUCUUGCUAGCGAGAAAAGAUGUAUUGGUGAUAAUGAUGAAAAUCCGAACAGUCCUUUCCCAAAGAAGGGAGGAGCGAAGAAUAUCGUAGCGAUCACGGUCAAUAGGCUGUUUCUGGAUAGGUUGAUGAGGCUAUGCGGCUUUAUCACUGGGCAAACGACUUUGGCCAUCCCCGCGCGUUCUACA